UCUACCCGAAAGACAUGUAUUUCGAAAUGAUACGGUUAAUUUUUUAAAAGGCAAGAAGGUGAAGGGUCAUGAAGUGCCUGUUCUGUACCCAACCGGCAUGGCUAAUCCUCUACCAGACUUGGCCGGGAUUCUUUGCCGUCGGGCUCGAGAGACAGUUCAUAUACCCUAGCUCGCACAGACGGAUUAUAGGCCUCAGCUCCCACAGACGGAUUAUAGGUCCCAGUCCCCACAAACGUUUUUGAGGACAGGUGGUAAUGAUGGAUUUGAUUAUUAUUGUUUUGAGGGUGCAGAUGCAGAGGCAACCUUUCGGUCACCAUAUACCUCACACACACCGAUGGCACCGAACAUGCCAUUGACGCCGCAUGGCUCCGCCUCUAGAGGUAUUUCAGGAGGUCACGGCUCGAAUGCGAGUGAUUUUUAUGCCUCGUCGUUGCCCCUCAUCAGCCGAGAUGGGGAAAAGUUUGGGGAUCAAAAAAUCCACAGUGCAUGUACUCGUCUCUUUUGGGAGAAUUUGGAUCAUCUGUGGGCCCAGUUCAGUGAUAUUCCAAAUGAGGCUCUUACACAGAUGUUUUCGCGUUUCGGGACCAUGUACAGGUGGCAUUCACAAGAGAAUGAGAACAUAUUUAAUGCAUUCAAAUGUGUCCUCAAGGAUAGAUACAAAGAUAGGAUGAAAGGUAUCAGGGCACAGUCUGCCAACAUGGCACGAAAAGAUGGGAAACCCCUCCUCCAAAAGUUUUGUAGCUACUAUGAUGGGAUGCAUAACUACCGCCCCGAAUGCGUACCGGAGACUGUGUGGCAACGUUUGUAUGAUCAUUGGUCCACAGAAAAGUGGCAAAAGAAUUCAAAAAUCGCUCAGCAGAACUGCAACACCACAGAUUCUAAUGGGUCAACAUCAAGACACAUUGCGGGUAGUAUAGGAUUUGACCAGCACCGUAGGAACUUAGAAAAAUUGAUGGGUAAACCACCCACACAUUAUGAUGUUUUCAUGAAGACACAUGGCACUGCUGAGUCGAAGAAAAGAGAUUUUGAGGGAAAUCAUGAAAAUCUCGAAUAUUGCUCACAGACGGCCAAAGAAGCACAAGAGGCAUAUCUACAGGGGUUGGUCAACAAAUAUGGUGAAGAUCUUGCAAACCAUAAGGAUGAUGUAGAUGUAUGGGAGGAAAGUCAACUUAGAAGAAAAGGAAAGAAGAAUGGUGCUACUUAUGGGAUAGGAGCAUCAGAUAUAUGUUUUUUGGUUUCAGAGACACCAUCUUCCCAAUACACCCAUUCCACCCAGUCGGAGAGCACGCAACAAGAGGUUGAUAGGUUGAGUGCGCAAGUUUCUAUCAUGGAACAACAACAACAACAAAUGAAAAAAAAGAAAUGGAAAUGGUUAUAAGGAUGAUAUAUAUGUCUGGAAAUCAACCCCGUGGUCCCCCCGAUAAUCCACCCGAUGACAAUUGAUAUGUAUUUUGGAACAAUUGAAUUUGUAAACACUUGUAUUGUUUGCUUGUUUUGUUAUGCUUAAUUUGUAUGGUAUUUGAGACAUUUGAAUGGUAUUUUGAGACAAUGGAAUGGAAUAUGUCAAAGUUGAUAUUAGGGACAUUUUUUGGUGUAUUUUGUAUUGUAUUUUGGACAAAUUAAAUUGAUAU